GAAAUAAUACUCAUCGAGUGGAUAAGUUACGUAAUAACAACAUAGUAACAUUUCGAUUAUAAAUUAACAUCGAGUAAUUGGAAGAGAGAUGAUUAAUAAUAAUCAAAGUAAUUAUUCGAAAAUCAAGAAGUUGCUACGUUACAUAAUAUAUGAAAAAGAGAAGGAACAAAAUAUUUUGAUGAAUGGUCAGUAGAAUAGUAGAUAUGUAAGAGUCGGGAGAUGAAUGUUGAGAAUAAGCAAAACACGAAGUUCAAAACACAAACAACAAAAUGGAAGAAGUACGAAAAUAGUUUAUCAAUGUUCUGUUACAAACUAUAUGACUUACUUGACAAAUAUUAAGUGGUAACAAUGUCAAAAUUUUUCCACACAUAGAUCCAUUUAUUAGUUUGAAGAGAGAAAACACAAAGAUUAAGGCAGAAUGAUAUGAAUUAAUUUUAUUUCGCCAGGUUCUCAUCAACUACUUACAACUGAUAAAAUAUUUAUAAAUAUAUAUGUCAUGAUAGGGAGAAGAUUUCAAUAAAGUUAAAAUGAUCGUAAGAAAUUCACUUGAUAUAAUAUAAGAUUUCAGAUGGAAUUUUCCAAAAUAUCAAAAUAACGAUUAAAAAUUGUAGAGUUAACAAACUUUCAAUGGUUCUUUAAUAAAGUAACUAAAUACAGAAAUUUAAUGAUUAUAAAGCAUAAUCUAAGUUAAAAUCAAUCAAUUCAAGUUAAAAUUACAUGUUCAGGACCAAUGAAAAUGAUGUAAUCCAAACUUCAGAAAGAAUUCAACUAAAGAAUAAUUAGAUAAAACAAUUCUUCAUGUAUUCUUUUAAACAAUUGCGAUCAUUUCUAUACAUUUACAUUAUUGCCGUUUCCAGUGUAAUUUACUUAUUAUAUACUUAAUACAUAUAUAUAUAUUUGAUAUUUAGAACCAAUAAAGAAUUCGAAAAUUAAAUUAUCCUCUGAAGUCUAUGAAUCAAUUAGUCAAUGUCAUUCAUUAGUAGCUUAUUCCAUUAAUUCAGCUGUUGGUGGUGAAUAUUCGUUUUUUCGUAUUAAUGGAGAUUUUUCAUCGGAUAAAGAAACAUUACGUGAAAAACUAAGUCAAAAAUUAGGACUUAUUGUUCAAAGUGAAAUGCGUCAUAAUCGUUAUUUUAUUCAAUUAAUACCUGAUUCAAAAUUACAUCCACGUUUUAAAAAUCGUCUAUUAGAUAUAGCUGCUUAUUUAGAACAUGGAAAUGUAACAAUGGAAACUAUUGAAUUAUUUAAUAAUGGUUUAAUUGGUAAUACAUUAAGAAAUUCAUUAGGAAUUGUAACAAAUGAGAAUUUUAAAUCAUUAAGUCAAGGUACAAAUGCAUUUUAUCUAGCUGAUCUAGUUGUUCGCGAUUUUGGUACACAUUGUAUAAACUCAGUUCAUGCUGGAGGUGUUUUGGCAAAAAUUGACACAUUGGAUACAAAUUCAUUAAAUACUAAAAAAGAGGAUCGAUGGCAUUUGGGUGCAUCAGCUACAAUAAGUUUUGCUAAUCUCUUCAACGUUAAACUUGGUGGAUCUGUAAACAUUAACGAUUCUUUGAUUCAAAAUUAUGAAAGUAAAAUAACGUAUAGUCAAGUUUUAACCUAUGGUGGUCCUAUUAUUUACAUGUCCGAUGUGAAUUUAUCACUAUGGGAAUCUGGUCUAGACAAUCAACUAGUGGCUAUUGACAGAAGUGGACAACCAAUUUAUGAAUUAAUUACAGAUAGAUCAUUACCUGAAUUACCUAGUCAUAUGAUAGUUCGACUGACUGCAACAAUUAAAUCAGCUGUUGAAAGAUAUUAUAAAGCUAAUACAGUAGUUGGCUGCAUGAAUCCUUUAUCAGUUUUUUAUGAUAAUGAAGCAAAUGUAGCUUCACCGGAAUGUGAUCUACACAGUAAACAAAUUACAAACUCAACUUUAUACCUUGGAGGAGUUUAUCAAAAGUGUACUGGUCCAGAUGAUUUAUGUCUUGGUGAAACUAUACCUAAUCCACUUACUGGUGAUUUAUUUUGUUCACAAGGUUAUACACCAAUACAACUGUUACCACAACAAAUUAGAAAAUGUUAUAGUGUAUGCAGUGAAAAAUCCUGGUUUAAAAAUCCCGACUGUACAACUCAAUGCGCUAUUACUGAAUCUUACUGGUGUUCACGUGAUCCAUCAUUAUCAUCAUCUAAUAUAUUAGACAACAUUGAUAGUGGUUAUUUAUUUGGUGGUCUUUAUACAGAUAAAGAGGUGAACAGUUUAACUAAACAGUAUAAUUGUCCACAAUAUUACUGGCCAAUAACACUUGGUCGACGUAUGCGUAUAUGUUUAUCAACUGAUCGUGAAUUAGGUGGUAAAUAUUCAUUACCAUUCGGUGGUUUCUAUAGUUGUUAUUCUGGUAAUCCUUUAACUGCUUUAAUUAAUAUUAAUCAAACUGAUGAUAUAGAUGGCAACAGACAACAUACUCGAAUACCAGAAUGGUUUAAAAUACAACAAGAACGAAUGUCAUUCACUCUUCCAUCACCACCACCACCACCACCACCACAACAACAACAACAACAAAAGCAUGGAACAGUGAGGUCAAUGUUGCGUAAUGAUAAUUUCAAUGACCAAUUUGUACAGAAUGAUUUUUCCCAACUAUUUGCUGCAUUAUGGCCGAAAAAAUGUCCAAUUGGAUAUACAGCACAUUUAGCUGCUAUGGAAGAUAUAUGCCAAGUAAAUUAUUGCGUUCAAGCAAACUUCUUAAAAGAACAAGUAAGACGUCAAUUGAAACGGCCUCCAUUUAUUCUACCACUUUCAUAUGAUUCACAUUUAUUUAAACUAAGGGAUUCAAACAAUUUCAUUGAAUCAAGUUCAAAUGAAAUACAUGAUAAAAAUGGUAAUAUAAUUAGAAAAAUUAAUGGUCGUUGGGAGGAGCCUAAUGAAUUUAAUAUUGAUAAUAAUAAUAUUAUUCAUAAUAAUCAGAAAUCACAAAAUAUUCAAUAUGCAUUCAUUGCAACACUUAGUACAUUAUUACCAAUUAUCAUUGUUUUAAUUAUAAUCAUAUCUAUCCUUAUAUUCUAUCAUAUACGUCAACAAAGUAGAUUUACAUCACAACGUCGUAAUUAAACAUCAAUUUACACAUUGAACUGUAAACAUAACAUCUGUAUGUGAAUGUAGAUUGCUUAAAGUUAACCACCGAUAAGCAUUAAAAGUUCAACAUGACAUUUUAUACAACAUUCUUUAUUUGUAGUCAGUUGAGUUAUUCUAUUAACUUAUCUUUGAAUUCGUUAAUUCAUCUAUAAUACAGAUAUAUUUGGAUUUAUGUAACUUUAUUAAAUAAAAUUCUUGUUCGAAAAUGCUAUGGUUAAACUCUUGACGAAAUAAGGAGUAAACUGUUUCAUUAUAGUUGAUAUUUCAAGAGGAUUUGAUAGAUUUUUUUCGAGCUCACCAAUCCACAUGACAGAAGAGAUAUCCAAGUGGCUGUCAAAAUUGACAAUAUUCGCCUUGGGAGUUCAUUAUAUUUUGCUAUUAAACCGUGAAGUGAUCAUGACAAGCGGAAAAUAUUUAUGUAUUGUUCGUGUAGUUGGUAUUUUUUAAGUACCAAAAUCUUGCAGUGG